AUGGGAUCACAAGGGCAGGGAUAUGCCUAUUACCGGACGGUCAUCUUCGGGGCCAUGUUUGUGGGCUACACCCUCUACUACUUCAAUCGCAAGACCUUCUCCUUUGUCAUGCCGUCUGUAAUGCAGGAAAUAAAACUGGACAAGGAUGAUUUGGGUCUGAUCACCAGCAGCCAGUCCGCAGCCUAUGCAAUCAGCAAGUUCAUCAGCGGGGUCCUGUCUGACCAAAUGAGUGCUCGCUGGCUCUUUUCUACCGGACUCUGCUUAGUGGGGGUGGUAAAUGUGCUGUUUUCCUGGAGCUCCACUGUGUCCGUUUUUGCCAUCCUCUGGUUCUUUAAUGGUCUUGCACAAGGACUUGGCUGGCCGCCCUGUGGGAAGGUUCUUCGGAAGUGGUUCGAGCCUUCACAAUUUGGCACAUGGUGGGCAGUGCUGUCGUGCAGUAUGAACCUCGCAGGAAGCCUAGGGCCUAUUAUUGCUACCCUAGUAGCGGCUAGUUACAGCUGGCGCAGUACCCUGUCCUUCUCUGGUCUCAUCUGCAUUGGAGUGUCUGUGGUUUGUCUUAUACUUAUCAAGAAUGAGCCGUCCGACGUGGGGCUUAAGAACAUUGAGCUGGGGGCCAAGAAAGGGAAGAAAGGGUCCCAGUCUGCAGAUGAGACCACUCUGAAAGAGUUCCUGCUCUCGCCUUACCUGUGGUUGCUGUGCGCUGGGUAUCUGGUGGUAUUUGGAGCGAAAACCUGCUGUACAGAUUGGGGGCAGCUCUUCUUGAUUCAAGACAAAGGGCAGUCAGCAUUGAUAGGAAGCUCGUACAUGAGCGCUCUAGAGGUGGGAGGUCUCCUAGGCAGUAUUGCUGCAGGAUUACUGUCCGACCGUGCUGUGGCAAAAGCAGGUUUGAGGAACUAUGGCAACCCUCGUCACGGCCUGCUUCUGUCUAUGAUGGCCGGAAUGGUUGUGUCUUUGUUUCUGUUCCGUGUUACAGUCACUCCAGGGUCAUCGAAGGUUGACGGGAUCUUGUCUCUCGCCCUCCAGCCUCUCGCUGAGAUGUCCAAUCUGAAUGAACAAGAGGUGUGGAUCCUGAUUCUUGGAGCUGUCUUUGGUUUUUGCUCUUAUGGUCCCAUAGCUCUGUUUGGAGUUAUUGCCAAUGAAAGUGCCCCUUCAAAUUUCUGCGGUACCUCCCAUGCGAUUGUGGCCCUGUCAGCUAACGUUGGAGGAUUUCUCGCCGGAUUACCUUUCAGCACAGUUGCCAAACAUUAUGGUUGGGACACAGCGUUCUGGACGGCUCAGAUGACCUGCUUAGCAGUUACCAUAGUCUUCCUUCUGCUGAGGAACAUCCAGACCAAGAUGGGUCGCUUGCCUAAAAAAUCUGAUUGAGACGGAGUUCAAGAAUCCUCCCCUAAGCACACGCAAGAACACGAAAAGACAAAUCAGGAGAUGGGAGGAGGGGGGGUGGAUUCAGAGUUAUCGGUAGCGUUCAUUUCUGAGUACUGCAGGAUUAUUACGCAGUGUGCCAAGCGGGUCAUCUGGCCUUUCCCCAUUCAGUCUCAGAUGGGUCCCACCUGCAGGACAUCCUCCCCUUCCUGUGCUAACGAAAGGAAAAAUGACACCUAACACUUCAGAUUCCAGAUUGUUACCUCUAUCACCGCGGGGCGACUUCCGGGAAAGCUAAUUGCACUGGUUAAUGUGAAAUCAUGUAGUCCAUCUACAUAUUAUGGAAGAGACUCUGGUGAUGGGCAGGCCGGUGCACAUGUCAGACUGUAUAUACAAUACUGCAUUUACCUAAAUGAAGGAGACCUAUGCCACUAGUGGAAUAUCUCACAUCUGGAAUAGGAUUCUGGCAAUAGAAUUGCUCCAUUAGAUACAAGAGAGGUUAGGAAAUAUAUUUGGGAAAUGUUAUUCAUUUCUAGUUCAUAGCUGCUGAUGAGAGUCAGGGAAUCUUCAUCUUCUGCACUACUUUCCAGUUACUAAUGGGAGAACAGGAUUAGAACAUAUUUUACAUAUAUUCCAAUAUAUGUGUAGAGUAGCCUCAUCUCACUACUAAUGUCAGUGCUUAAAGGGCAUCUGUCAGCAGUUUUGUACCUAUGACACUGGCUGACCUGUUCCAUGUUCACUUGGCAGCUGAAGACAUCUGUGUUGGUCCCAUGUUAAUUUGCACCUGCG